AUGUCUGCAGCAACAUUAUCCAGGAGCAAUUGCUGUACCCACGACAAGAACACAACGAGAUCGACAACGAGUACGCCAAGUACAACAACGAGAUCACUUAGACACCAACCGUCCAAGUUGGAUCUCAUCGACGAUACGACUUUGACUUCAUUACCGUUCCCUCCGCCUCCACCUUUUAAGCGAACGUCAAAUCAAUCCUCACGCAACUCGUCGGUAUUUUCCAAGCCAAAACUCCAGCAACAACAGCAACAGCAACAAUGUCAACAACAUCAGGUAUUGAUGCUGCUAUCGAAACUGCGUCUGCCGUCUAGUUCUUGUCAAGAAUCAAUCGAUAGCCAACUCCGGCCUACAAGCAGCGCGUCAAGCUCGGAUGCAUGCCAGUUUGGAGACGAUGAAGCUGAAGCUAUAGCUGAAGCGAAAUACAAUACCGAGGAUGUCCGUGACUGUGACCGUGACGACGAUGACAAUGACGAUGACGAUGACGAUGACGAAGAUUACGAAUACUCAUACGAUGACGACGGCGACGACGCCGAUGACCCGAUUGUCUUGGUGGAAGACUACAUUUCACCACGCACCUGUCCCGCGGCAUCAGUGGAGGAGCCAAUGAAGGCGUCUAAUUCAAACCUCACGGAAUACCACUUAUCGCGGCAGAAAUCGCUCUCGAACUUUAAGCAACGGCUCAUGUCGUCCACCACGACCACGAACUCACAAGCGACUUUAGCAGACGGGAUUUCAAACAAGAAGAGUGAAAAUGCCUGCUCCAGUGACCAUCAUACGCGAUCAGACGAGGACUUUCAGGCUAUAUUCGGCGAUAUCCCAUAUUGCAAGCUACUCAAGUACUGCGACUUGUGCGACCGGCCCUUGUAUGAAAUCUCGUCGAUUAUCAACUCGCGGAAAUCGGCGAAUUUGCAAGAAUUUGUAUGUGGCGAUUGCAUUUCGUUGUACGAGGUGUAUUUGGUUGAAGAGCAGAAUCAGGGGAUGACGAAGAAGAAGAAGAAGAAGAGUUGUGUUGGGCGAAUGGAUAAUAAGACCGCGGUCAAGUUGCUUCGCAUAUUGAACAAGUACGUUUAA